UUCGAUGUUCUUCUAAUAGCCGUUUACUUUCAGUUUCUUCGUCCUCUUCUCCCUCCCUUGUUUUGUGCCGAUGGACUUCACGGCCAGAAUCGUCGAUUCCAAAGGGAACGAGCUCGCCUCGUUCCCAACCAAGAGAAGCUCCCCUCGCGGCGUCGAGAAUUGCCCAAUCGGUGCAUCCUCGUUCCAAAGAUCUAGUUUUUCUUCCGAUUCCUGCUCCUCCAAUGGUUUGAUCCAAGAUUUCAAGAACUUCAGGAAGAGCGGGGCUCCCUCUAGGUUCCUCUGCUUCCGUGACGGCUCAUGGACCGACUUCCCCCGCCAAGUGUUCGAUAUAUUGAGGGCUGGUUUCAUCGCCGGAAAGGCCAUUUUAGAGGUUUCUGUUCAUUGCGGUACGUAUAUUUUUGACUUCCUGCGGUUGACUCAGAUUGAUUUGGCGACGGGAGGUUCGAAUCCGAUUGCCUGGAUUGAUGUCAAUGGACAAUGCUUUUUUCCAAGAAUGGUCGUUGAUGAGCAGAGGAACGCACCCUGUCCGAAGCUGGAGAUUGAAGUAAGAAUCGACAAGGGCUCUUCGAUAGCGCCAUCGGAUUGUAACAACUCUCUUAAGAGGAAGAGGGAUGAAUUCGAGCCCAUCGCAGAGCACUCUGAUGAGAGUCCUGGGACCUCCGCGACCGCGAGUUUAGACAGGCCAAGAUGGCCGGGAGCCGAGCUGCUGGGAGAUGGUGAUAGGUAUCGCAAGCUCGUGGAGAAGUUGUUUCUUGAUGGGAUGAGGAAAUUUGCUCCAGAUGCGGUCAUCACUUCCAUCCACAAAUGCUCGCAUUCCGGCCCCUGGGGGAAUUCGAGAUUGAAAGCUUUUCAGAUGCGGAUACAGAUGACGAAGGCCAAUCGGGGCGACGGAAAUGUGAAAUUUGGAUGGUAUGCAACGUCGGCGAGGGACACGGCCGCCGUCAUCUCUCAUGGUUUCGGACAGCCUAACAACCAAGUCUUUGGUUCUGGUGCUUAUGGUGUUGGCAUCCACCUCUCUCCACCACAUUCCCCAUACACAAGCUCUUUGCUGUCUGAGGAGGAUGACAAUGGCGAGAGGCACAUCAUGCUAUGCCGGGCAAUCAUGGGAAAGUCUGAGAAGGUUGAGGCAGGCUCCCUCCAGUUCCAUCCUAGCGGUGAGGAGUUUGACAGCGGUGUCGAUGAUCUCGCCAACCCGAAAUGGUAUAUUGUGUGGAGUACUUACAUGAAUUCUCACAUACUUCCUGAGUAUGUUGUGAGUUUCAAAUCCUUGAUGCGUUCUCAAGAUCCACAGAGAAUGAUGAGUCCAUCAAAGAAACCUUGUUUAACAAGUUUGUCCUUCCCAAAACUAUUUGCAGAGAUGGCAGGAUCUCUUCCACCCUCGAGAAAACAAGAAAUGGAGAUCUUCUAUAAUCAUUACAAGGCAGGAAAGAUGAGCAAAGACACCUUUAUUAAACACCUGAGGUCUAUCGUUGGUGACAAGAUACUGGCUUCCACAAUCAGAAGGAUUCGAGAAUACUGAAAAUGUGUCGGUCUUGCUCUGUGUUUUUCAAAGGUAUGUGGGCAUCAUCUUGUGGAAUGUUGUUGUUGGUUCUCUGCUAAAGAGAAAUUUAACUGUAAUGAGAUACCAAACUGAAGAAUAGCAAAUUGGAUUUUUGAUCGAGAUAUUUUCAACUAUCUGAUCUGUUUAAUGACCGACAUUUCAUGCCUCAAUUUUCAAAAAACAAUAUUCCACCGCUUGGCUGGUUGAUCAUCCAUUAGGCAGGAGUAUGAUUCAAAAAUAAUCUGUUUUUCAUUGUGGAAUAGAGCCCAACUUGUUAGCCAAAAAGAUCAAAUGGGCUACUUGUGAGAAACAUUACGAACAAUGAUAUUGAGAAGUUCCAAAUAAUCAGUCUACAGCUCAAAUUCAGAUUGAUAAGGAGUGGAAGAAUAUUACAAGCAUAAUAGAGAAUUUUUUUUAACAUUUUGGAAUUUCAUUUGGAAUAUACACGCACUUUCAGUUCACACGCGGAACCACUUGAGAUAGCCUUUCAUCUUCCAGAAGUGUGUAUGGAUCUACAUACGGCGGUGGCGAUACUGGCAUCUUACUGGCAUCAUGCACAAAACUUGGCCCAAAGUA